AUGUCGGCGGCACGACCUCGAGGCCCUAUCGUCUCCUUCCCCCCGGCAUUGCUCCCAUCCCCAAAAACAUCUCUUACAGGCCGAACCAUUCUGCUCGAGAAGCUCGAGCUCAAGCACGCCGAUGAUCUAUUCAAGCUUGUCGGUGGAAACGAAACAUCCAGAACGUCACUGUGGGACUACAUGGGCGACGGCCCCUACACCGACUCGAACGUUUUCCGUGAUGCCAUCGGCGGAAAGUCAGCAUCGACGGAUCCUUUCUUUUUCGCCGUUAUCGACAAACGCGAUACCCAGCCAACCUAUGGCAAGCCUAUCGGAUUCCUCUCUCUGAUGCGUAUCACGCCGAACCAGCUGGGCAUUGAGAUUGGCAAUGUGCUGUUUUCGUCUAUCCUUCAACGCACAACCGGGGCCACGGAGGCAAUGUAUCUCCUGGCAAAACAUGCCUUCCAGGAUCUGGGAUAUCGACGAUUGGAAUGGAAAUGUAAUUCUCUGAAUGAGCCGUCGAGGAAAGCGGCAUUGCGACUCGGGUUCACGUAUGAGGGAACCUUUCGGCAGCACAUGAUCGUCAAAAGCCGCAGUCGGGAUACGGCGUGGUUUUCGAUGUUAAAGGAUGAGUGGGAGGGAGGAAUAAGCCUAGCUAUGGAGAAAUGGCUAGCGAUGGAGAACUUCCACGAAGAUGGAAGUCAGAAACGCAAUUUACAGGAUUUUAGAGCGGACCCUGAUGACAAGAGGGUUUGA